AUGACUAGACUUACCCGAAAAGAGUGUCCUUAUGGUUGGGAUUCGGGGUGUGAGCAAAGUUUUAUGGGUUUGAAGGAGAGGUUAACGACUGCUCCUGUUUUGAUCAUUCCUGAUCCUAGUAAGUCGUAUGAAGUAUUUUGUGAUUCUUCCAAGAAGGGAUUAGGAGGUGUAUUGAUGAAGGAUGGUCAGGUAGUAGCAUAUGCAUCUCGACAGUUGAAAGUUCAUGAAGAAAAUUAUCCAACUCAUGAUUUAGAAUUGGCGGCGGUUGUGUUUACACUGAAGGUGUGGCGAAAACCAAAUAAAGUGGCAGAUGCAUUGAGUCAGAAAGUGUUAAAGAGGGCCGAGUUGAUGGUGUUAGAAUAUGCCUUAUUGGAAAAGUUUCGAGAUCUUAAUCUUCAAUUUAAUUGGACUCGAAAUGGAGUGUUAAUGGGGAAUUUGAAUGUUAAUUCCGUACUAAGAGAUGAAAUUCAACAAGGACAAGUGUUAGAUGCUAAGUUGCAAGAGAUGUUGGUUCAACCGGGAUUCACACGAGCUAUGGGUGGAAUAAUUCUGUUUAAUAAGAGGAUUUGUGUUUCGGACGAUGCGGUGUUGAGAAGAAGGAUUUUGGAAGAAGCUCAUAAAUAUGCUUUCACUAUACAUCCUGGUUCUUCGAAGAUGUAUCAAGAUUUAAAAAGAGAUUACUAG